CGGCGGGCGCGGACCCCGCCCGGGACGCGUCGGGCCGCGGCGGGGCGGGGGGCGCGGGGGGCGCGGGGGGCGCGGGGGCCAUGGCCACCCGGCGCCUGACCGACGCCUUCUUGCUGCUGCGGAACAACUGCAUCCAGAGCCGGCAGCUGCUGGCCGAGCAAGUGAGUAGUCACAGCUCCUGCCGCCCUCCGCGCGCACGCAGCCGCGCCGCGCUCGCCGAUGACCGUAUGGCCCUGGUGUCAGGCAUUAGCCUGGACCCAGAGGCAGCGAUUGGAGUGACGAAACGGUCGCCCCCGAAGUGGGUGGAUGGCGUGGACGAAAUCCAGUAUGACAUCGGCCGGAUCAAGCAGAAGAUGAAGGAGCUGGCCAGUCUGCACGACCAGCACGUGAACAGGCCCACGCUGGACGACAGCAGCGAGCAGGAACACGCCAUCGAGAUCACGACCCAGGAGAUCACCCAGCUCUUCCACAGGUGCCAGCGCGCGGUGCAGGCGCUGCCGGGCCGGGCCCGCCGGGGCUGCUCGCCGCAGGAGGAGCGGCUCCUUCGGAACGUGGUCACCUCCCUGGCGCAGGCCCUGCAGGAGCUGUCCACCGGCUUCCGGCACGCGCAGUCGGGCUACCUCAAACGCAUGAGGAACCGCGAGGAGUGCUCCCAGCAGUUCUUCGACACGUCGGUGCCACUGAUGGAUGACGGCGAGGCCGACACGCUGUACGGCCGGGGCUUCACCGACGAUCAGCUGUUGCUGGUGGAGCAGAACACGCUGAUGGUGGAGGAGCGGGAGCGGGAGAUUCGCCAGAUCGUCCAGUCCAUCUCGGACCUCAACGAGAUCUUCCGGGACCUGGGCGCCAUGAUCGUGGAGCAGGGCACAGUCCUGGACAGGAUCGACUACAACGUCGAGCAGUCGUGUAUCAAAACCGAAGACGGCCUGAAACAGCUUCACAAGGCGGAACAGUAUCAGAAGAAGAACCGCAAGAUGCUGGUGAUUCUGAUCCUGUUUGUCAUCGUCGUCGUCCUCAUCGUCAUCCUCAUCGGCGUGAAGUCCCGCUAAGUGGCGUCGGGCCUGUGUCCGCACGAGAUGUCCCCGGUGUGGGGCUGGGCUGGGCCGCGCCCGGGCUGCUGGCGAGGGCAGCCCCGGGCCUGGUCUCCGCGUCGGGGGAGCGGGCUGGCCGCGCCCGUGGCUCUCGCGUCCGUGGGUCCCCGUGGGCAGCGGCCAGCUCGGCCGUGGGGCUCUCUGCUCUCUCCGCUGCCCA